GGCGACGGGACUACGUCACCCGGGAAGCCAAGCGGCAUGACGUCACCGCGCACAGCCCGUUCCUUGCCCCGGAAGGGUUUAGUGCUGCCGUGACCCCCCCAUCGUCCUUCCUUCUUCCUUUCUGAAGUAGGCACCGGCGGAGCACCAUGGGGCGCGUGAUCAGGGGCCAGCGGAAGGGCGCCGGGUCUGUGUUCCGAGCCCACGUGAAGCACCGGAAGGGCCCCGCCAAGCUGAGGGCGAUCGACUUCGCCGAGAGACACGGAUACAUCAAGGGCAUCGUCAAGGAUAUCAUUCAUGAUCCUGGCCGAGGUGCUCCCCUUGCCAAGGUUGCAUUUCGUGAUCCAUACAGGUUUAAGAAAAGAACAGAGUUGUUCAUUGCAGCUGAAGGCAUUCAUACUGGCCAAUUUGUUUACUGUGGCAAGAAAGCUCAGCUUAACAUUGGAAAUGUCCUACCUGUUGGCACUAUGCCAGAAGGAACCAUUGUCUGUUGCCUUGAAGAGAAGCCUGGUGACCGUGGUAAAUUGGCCCGUGCUUCUGGAAACUAUGCCACAGUUAUCUCCCACAAUCCUGAAACCAAGAAAACCAGAGUGAAGCUGCCUUCUGGUUCUAAGAAGGUGAUCUCUUCUGCAAACAGAGCUGUUGUUGGUAUUGUUGCUGGUGGAGGUCGUAUUGACAAGCCUAUCCUAAAGGCAGGUCGUGCCUAUCACAAAUACAAGGCAAAGCGAAAUUGCUGGCCACGUGUCCGUGGUGUGGCUAUGAAUCCUGUAGAACAUCCCUUUGGUGGUGGUAACCAUCAGCAUAUUGGUAAGCCUUCAACCAUCAGGAGAGAUGCUCCAGCUGGUCGCAAGGUCGGUCUCAUUGCUGCCCGUCGUACUGGUAGACUGCGUGGAACCAAGACCGUGCAGGAGAAGGAGAACUAAUGUCCCUCAAUACAGUUUACACAAUAAAAGGCUUAAAAAACCCCA